AUGGCGCCACCACGCGGUCGUGGAAGGGGAUUCGCAAGGGGAGGCCGCAACAGGCCAAACUCUACGCGAGGAAGGAGAGGUGGUUUCCAAACAUCCCGUGUUGAAGAUAUAAAAGAUAGCGAGUCAUCUGAGGAUCAAGAUGAAUUUGAAGGCUUUGAUGAUGAGAUAGAACCUGAAGACAUCGCUAGCGAGCCAUCUUCUGAAGAUGAGGAGCAGCCUAAAGAACGUCCGUAUAACGAGUUGUUACAAUUGUUCAAUGCGGAUUCAGCCUCUGGUAAUGCGCGAAAGAGGCGCAAGCUCAAUAAUAAAGAAGUAGAAAGGCAGGAUGUGAUAGAAAAUGACACGGUGGUAGAGGAGAGCAAAGAGCCGGAGGAACAGAAUGUUUUAGAAUAUCAGGAAGCCUCAGAUGAUGAUGACGCUGGCGAAGACGGUGCUGCUAGUGACGUUGGCGAUGAUGACGAAGAUAGUGAGUGCACAGAUCCGUUUGAGAGACAGUUUUCAAGCCCGGCUGAGGCUGGUCUGUCGAAGAAAGCCCAAGAAGCAUCGGCUGGCAAAUGGCGCUCGAUCAGAUCUUCUCUUCCAGACAACCUUAGGCUGGUAUACAACAUCACAGAAAGCGAUGAUACAGCAUGGAGUGCACCUCCUGCAGUGCGAGAUAUUCGCAAUUUGAAGCUCAAAAAGAAGCUGGUGUCGCCAUCUGCAGAAAUUAUUCCAAACUUUGGCAAUAUUCAUCAAAAUAUUGUUCCAUUGAUUUUCAAUUAUAACGACGUUCUUUUUGGUGCCAGGACACCAUCAAAUACAGUGCAGAUGCGAGAUAUACUUAGCAUCCAUAUCCUCAACCAUGUGCUGAAGACACGAGACCGAGUUCUGAAAAACAACGCACGUCUAUCGAAAGACCAAAGUGGAACCCUUGAAUUGCGCGACCAAGGUUUCACCAGACCGAAGGUGCUUUUAAUUCUACCAACUAGACAGGCUUGCGUUCGAUUUGUUGAAAGUAUCAGCAGGAUCUAUCAGCCUGAGCAGCAGGAAAACAAGAAACGAUUUCUGGAUGAAUAUAGUUCAAAUGAUGACCAGUCAUGGGACAACAAGCCCGAUGAUUUCCGUGAUCUCUUUGGUGGAAAUGACGACGAUAUGUUCCGCCUUGGGCUGAAAUUCACAAGGAAGACGAUCAAAUACUACUCGCAAUUUUACAACUCCGACAUUAUCCUUGCCAGUCCUUUAGGACUACGCACGAUCAUGGACAAGGAAGAUGAGAAGAAGCGCGAUCAUGACUUUCUUUCAUCGAUCGAGAUCGCCAUCGUCGACCAUGCAGAUGGUCUGCUGAUGCAAAAUUGGGAACAUGUCGAGUAUAUCUUCAGCCACAUGAAUCUACAGCCUAAGGAAGCCCACGGCUGUGACUUCAGUCGAGUUCGUACCUGGUACUUGGACGAUCAGGCACGGUUUAUUCGCCAGACUAUUGUGCUGACGUCUUUCAUCUCCCCCGAGGUGAAUGCCCUAUUCUCUCAACACAUGCAAAACGUGGCUGGCAAGGCGAAGAUAACCCCGAUUUAUAACGGGGCCAUCACCGACAUAGCACUGCCGACGACAGUAAAACAGAACUUUUCUAGAUUUGAAUCUAUAUCUCCGCUUCGGGAUCCAGACCUGCGAUUCAAGUACUUCACCACCGCCAUUCUCCCAGCUCUUACACGCUCCGUGACCGGACGUGGGCAAGGGAAUGGAGCCGGGGCAUUGAUCUUCAUCCCAUCCUACCUGGACUUUGUACGAGUGCGCAACUUCUUCGCAUCCUCGUCACAAACCACCAAUAUCUCCUUCGGCGCCAUCUCCGAGUAUUCGUCGGCGAAAGAGGUGUCUCGAGCUCGCAGCCAUUUCAUGACGGGGCGUCACGCUGUUCUGCUGUACACGGAACGCGCGCAUCACUUCCGACGGUACAAGAUCCGUGGUGUCAAGCAGAUUGUCAUGUACGGUCUUCCUGAAAACCCGAUCUUCUUUCAAGAAAUCGUCGAGUUUCUGGGACUGGAUCCGGGGGCGUUAGCAGAUGCGGGGGAUAAGGGGGUUCGCGCGGUCUUCUCCAAGUAUGACGCUCUCAAGCUGGAGCGUGUUGUUGGGAGCCAGCGAACGGGAAAUAUGUUGAAGGAUCGAGGGGGGAUACAUUUAGUUUUGUAUAGCGACAUAUAG